AUGUAUAACCAUUCGUCAUCGACAUCUUCAUCCGGUGGAGCUUCUGGACCUUCGACAAACACAGCUGAAUCACAACAACAGAAAAGGAGCAUACCCCCCUGGCACUACGGUACAAACAACGAACCUACUGUAGGUUGGAUCCCUUCUUGGAGUAACGUCUCAAUGGAUAGCGGUGCAAAUCAACUAAACCCCAUCCUCCCACCGAAUCAACAUUGGAACUCACAAAACCCUUCACAAUCAGAACAUCAUCAUCAAGCAUCACAACGACAGCCUGCUGUGUCAACGCACCAACAAUCUUAUACUCAACCACAAGACUCCAUAUUCCCUCCCCCGAUGAAUACCGUUCUUUCGAAUACAAUAUCAACUCUUCCUUCGCCUAAAGGCAAAGCUGCAGAAAUGCAAACACCAGAGAAACCAGACAAGACUGCAUCUACAAAAAGGGCGAGCGCAAGUAAAGCAACAACCAAUGGACAUGGAAAGAAGAAGAAAAGAAAGGUUGAAGUGGAAAAUGACGACCAUUCCGUACAUUCGGCGACUGAAGCUGACAAAGAAAAAGAGAAGAGAACCAAGACCGGUAGAGCCUGCGAUGCAUGUCGAACAAAGAAAAUUCGCUGUGAUAUCUUACCAUCAGCGGAAACAUCCUCACGAACAGAAGAUCAACCUAUUUGCGCCCAUUGCAAGCAAAGUAACCUUGAAUGUACUUUCUUCUUACCUAUAACCGAGACCAGGUUUAAAAAGAAACGUGAGAGUACGAGAAAAGAAUCCACUCCAGCACCUGAGCAGUCAUCGGCAAAGGCAUCCACUUUGAGAGCGUCUAAAGCUGGUAGCGAAAGCGUACUCGAUCAUCAGCCUAUGGCUUCGACCGCGGAAAACGAAGUCAGAGGAGGAAGGGUAGAAGGUCCCACAUCAAUUGCAUUCCUGCUCCAUACUACAAUUCCCAGUAUACAGUCCGAAGGAUUUGAUCUUCGAAAUCACAGCUCAUGGGAAGUCUUGGAAGAUGGAAAUGGUGUCAUACGAGUUAAUGCCCCUCCCUCAGCUCAUGGUAACGCAGAUGUCGAUCCAGAUCCUACACGAGGUCACAGUCGUCUCAACAAGCCAGCACUAUCAGGUCAAACAAUGUCUCUACUCGUCAAUGCUUACUUCAAAGAAGCAUCUCCUCUCUUUCCUAUUAUUUCGAGAGCUGAAUUCGCCGCUAAAACUGCACCAAGUCCACUUCUGCUCUACGCCAUCUGUGGUGUUGCCUCAACAAGAAGACAAUUUCCUAGAGAGGUUUUUGCUAGUGUAAGAGGAGUCCUGAAUGGUUUAUUAAGGAGCAAUGACGUAUUAAGCGACGCGAGAUUUGAGAAUGUCCAAGCUUUAUUGCUUCUCGCUCAAGUCGGUGAUCUACAUGCUCAGCCUACUGCUGCUACCGCCAGCGCGUCGUUGAUUAGAACAGGAGCUGCAAUUCGAAUGGCGCAAGAUCUCGGUUUACAUCGUGAAUCCGCCAUUCGAGCUACAGGACCGAAAGAUUUGGCCUAUAUGGAGCUACGUAGACGGGUAUGGGCUACCUGUGUUAUCAUGGACAGGUGGUACGGAGCGGCUCUCGGCAUUCCCCUUCUUAUAGAUCUAUUGGAUUGCGAUGUUCUCCUUCCUGCUCCGUACAAUAUUCUGCCCCACGCCGAGCCAUCUGAGUGGCCCAUCGACACCAAUUUCAUGGCUUUGACUGAACAUCUAAAAUUGUCUAUCAUCAUCGGACGAACUCUGAAAGUUUGUUAUUCCCCAACGGGUCUGAAACAUGUAACCGAUGCUCAACUGGAAGGUAUAGUAGAUGACAUGGAAUCGUGGAGAGCAGCAUUACCCGAGGAGCUGGUGUUUGAAGGAGUCGGCAGUAGUCAUGUAGCUGCUCUUCUGCAUUUUGGUUACACUGCACUCCAGUUCCUAUUUUGGAGGCUGUUUACGAGAAUUACUCAUUCUUGCCCACCCCAUUUAACCUUUUCUUUGGAGCUUUCACAUUGGUCGAAAAUGAUUAAGUGGUCCAAAGACGCUCUUGAAUGGCUGGAUGUGAAUGACGACGCUUUAGAUACGCUGUUCAUAUUCCCUUACGCAGCCACAAGUUGCGCAUUGAUCCAAUAUCAUACCUGGGCUAGAAGAGGUGAUUCUGAUUCAUUAGGAGCCUUGAAAUUGGUGAAGGAAACCGCUACCAAGUGGGAGAACACUGUGCAGCCUGACCAGAUGUCAAUCCGUCGAAAGACAUGCGAAACCAUGACGCUAUUGUACGAAGCGGCUUUGAAGACCGAUCCAGAUAGUCAGGAGAAUCAUGUACCACCGAAGAUGCCCGCCAAUCCCACUCCUGGAGUGUUUCCGCGUCAAGGCGGGUUCGGUAGAGUGCAAUUUCAGAAAGACGGCAAUCGACAGGGUGGUGGAGUAUUCGUGGCUGAUUCUGAAGAAGAUCGAAAUCUGAGUGGAGUGAAGGAAACGGAUGUCAUUUUGUCAUCUCAAAUACCUGACAGUCAAAAUUCAAGAAGUGCUGGUACUGCUCAAAGGAGCAACCCUCAUCGUGGUCCAAAAAAUCCAGAACAAGGAAAUUUGGAAGGCAAAGAACAAACUCAAUUGGGAAACAGUCGCACAGGAGGUGGAGAGGUAUCAGACAGACAAAUACAACAUCCCAGUAAUUUCAAUCCUCAAAUCAAUCAAAAUGGACUUCAAGACGGCAGUUCAAUGGGAAUGGGACUGAAUGGUAACUCCAUCCCACAGGUGCCAUACUCAAUAACUGGUUAUAAUCCAGGAGGAAUGGACGAACAAUAUCAACUCCAAAAUCAUCAUACUGGAAGUUCAUAUGGUACUUUACCAAAUUCCAAUAGUAACGCCCCUUCUUCGAGCAGUAAUACAUUCGAUGGACCUGGGUACAACAACGCAAACGGAAACGGAUAUGGUUUCAACAAUAAUACGUUUGAUCCAUCCUUUUUAGAUUCGCUACCUUCCAGUUCUUUCGAUUGGGAUAGUUGGUCAACCUAUUUUGAUAAAUUCUUGCCUGCGGCGGCUAAUCAGAGUUUCGAAAAUAUGCCAUGA